AUGUCUAUUGAGUAUGAACUGAUCAAAGAUGAUGUUACCGCAAACAACAUCGCUGCGAAUGCACCCUUCCUGCAAAAGGAAGUAAUCAAGUCCCAUGCUGACGGUUUCACACUUGGACCCAGCAUGGAUGAGGACAAGCCUAAUACCAGUAAGAUUCACUGGGCUAUCAUUCUUGAUACUCCUCGAGAAAACAUUCGCCUUAGUAUGGAAAGUCGCCUGAACGAGAGGACAGGUAAGCACGGAGUACUCGUGCUAAAAGUACUGGCCUACUUUGGCAUAUCACGCAACGUCUUCCACCGACAAACCUUCUCAAGAAAAGGUUCUACUGUCAAGGUCCAAGAUAUCCUUGACCUUGUCUUUGCACAAGGCUGGCACAAAUAUAAGAUGUUGACGACUAGCAACGGAGCGAAGAAAGGAUGUCGCCAUCACACUCAAACCAUGUUGGCCGGAUUCCAGUCUCGGAAUUGGAUUGAGAGUCGAUCCGAUACUAGCAAAAGUGUCGAGGAAUUCCUGCCUUUUGUGUAUACAAGGUAUACAGACGACUCUAGAAAGCUAUCCAUCGAAAAGAGGCCUAUUGAUAUCGGCAGCUUUCUCUGA